AUGGAUUAUCAGUCCGUCUUCUCAGCCCGGACCUACGCCGGCGCUGCUUCUUCAUAUGUACCAGAGGAGGACAGCAACCAGCACAUUCGCGCCCAGCUCGAGGCUUUCAUUCUCGACUUCCGACUAGAUAACAGCUUUAUCUACAGAGACCAACUACGAGAAAAUGCCCUCCUAAAGAAAUACUACUGCGAUGUCAAUAUUGGUGACUUGAUCAAAUUCAAUGAAGAGAUCGCCCACAGACUAGUCACCGAACCCGCCGAGAUUAUCCCUCUUUUCGAGGCCGCUCUGAAGCGCUGCACACACCGAAUCGUCUUCCCAAAUGAACCCAAGAUAGACCUGCCCGACCACCAACUGCUUCUACACUCCAACGCCGAAGAUGUUUCUAUCCGUAACCUCGACUCCCUUACAAUCUCCCGGCUGGUCCGGGUACCUGGUAUCGUCAUUGGUGCUUCGGUAAUGUCGUCCAAGGCGACUGAACUCCACGUCCAGUGCCGCAACUGCGGCCACGUCCAACACGUUCACGUAUCCGGCGGCUUCAGUGGCGCUACCCUUCCCAGGACAUGUGGCAGAAUCAGGGCACCUGGGGACCCUGGCGAGAAGUGCCCAAUGGAUCCCUACUUUGUACAACACGAAAAGUCAAGAUUCGUCGAUCAGCAAAUUAUCAAGCUUCAGGAAGCUCCAGACCAAGUUCCCGUCGGUGAACUGCCCCGCCACGUCCUGAUUUCCGCCGACCGCUACCUCACAAACCGCGUGGUUCCCGGCUCAAGGUGUACCGUCAUGGGUAUCUUUUCUAUAUACCAAAGUGGAGGCAACAAGAAGUCCACAAGCGGCGCCGUCGCCAUUCGCACACCCUAUCUCCGCGCAGUCGGUAUCCAGACAGACAUUGACCAAACAGCCAAGGGUCUGGCUGUCUUCUCCGAGGAGGAAGAGCAGGAGUUCCUUGAGCUUAGCCGUCGUCCUGAUCUCUACAGUGUCAUGGCCGAAUGCAUUGCGCCGUCCAUCUAUGGAAACAAGGACAUCAAAAAGGCUAUCCUCUGUUUACUCAUGGGUGGCUCCAAGAAGAUCCUUCCGGAUGGUAUGAGGCUUCGUGGUGAUAUCAACGUCCUCAUGCUUGGUGAUCCCGGUACAGCCAAGUCACAACUGCUCAAGUUCGUCGAAAAAGUCGCUCCUAUCGCCAUCUACACCUCCGGCAAGGGUUCCUCCGCCGCCGGUUUGACGGCUUCCGUCCAGCGUGACGCUUCCACGCGCGAGUUCUACCUCGAAGGCGGUGCCAUGGUCCUCGCUGACGGCGGUGUCGUCUGUAUCGAUGAGUUCGACAAGAUGCGCGAUGAGGACAGAGUGGCAAUACACGAAGCUAUGGAGCAGCAAACCAUUUCCAUCGCCAAGGCCGGAAUCACCACGAUCCUCAAUGCUCGAACUUCGGUCCUGGCCGCCGCUAACCCCAUCUUUGGCCGCUACGACGACAUGAAGACCCCCGGCGAAAAUAUCGACUUUCAAACCACCAUCCUGUCGCGUUUCGACAUGAUCUUCAUCGUCAAGGAUGAGCACGAGCGCGGCCGUGAUGAGCGCAUCGCCAAGCACGUUAUGGGUAUCCAUAUGGGUGGCCGUGGUGUCGAAGAGCGGAUUGAGGCAGAGAUCCCGGUCGAGAAGAUGAGGCGGUACAUCAGCUAUUGCCGAUCCCGCUGCGCCCCGCGCCUCUCUCCCGAAGCCGCCGAGAAGCUCUCCUCGCACUUCGUCGCCAUCCGCAAGCAAGUGCACGCCUCAGAGCUCGAAGCCAACGCGCGCUCCUCGAUUCCCAUCACGGUCCGCCAGCUCGAAGCCAUUGUGCGCAUCACCGAGUCGCUCGCCAAGCUGACGCUCUCGCCCGUUGCGACGGAGAAGCACGUGGACGAGGCUAUCCGGCUAUUCCUGCGCUCAACCAUGGACGCCGUCAACCAAGGCGGCAGCACGGGUAGCAACCGGGAGUUGAACGAGGAGACGUCCCGCGUCGAGGCCGAGCUGAAGCGCCGCUUGCCUAUCGGCUGGAGCACCAGCUUGGCGACCCUGCGCAGGGAAAUGGUGGAGGGUAAAGGGUUCAGCGAGGUGGCGCUGAAUAGGGCGCUGAUGAUAUUGCAGAGGAGGGAUACCAUUAUGUUUAGAAACCAGGGCGCGCAGGUUUAUAGGAAUGGCGCAUAAAAGGGAUGGUGGGGAAAUGACGGAGUGUUUUUCGAAGAUGUUCCGACGAAAGAAGAGAAAAGAAAAGCAAAACCGAAGCGUUCUUGCUCUGCUAUUUUAUUUUUCUUUGGGUGUACAGGUUAACAAGUACAAUAUGGGGUUUCAUGGCAA